AUGAAAAAAGGAUUUUUGACUUCCGAUGACCCGAGAUGCUCGAAAAUUCGCCCUCCGCAGCGCCAGUCGCCCAAAACGCCAGAUGGAAAGUACACAUUUGACCAUUUUGAACUCGAAAGAUAUUUGGGAAAUGGAAAUUUUUCGGAAGUUUUCGAAGUCACCGAGAAAGGAACCACCAACACCUACGCGCUGAAAGUCUUCAACAGGAGCGAUGUGAUGCGGCUAAACAAAGUCGCAGACGUGCGCAUGGAGCGCCACGCAAUGCUGCGUUUGAAUGAGCCGGGCCAUCCGAAUGUGGUUCGUUUGGUGGACACUUUCAAAGACGAGUUCAGAGUUUGUUUUCUUUACCAACUUGCAGAAGGGGGAGAGCUGUGGGAUCACGUCAAGUUCGCGGGCAUCUUGGACAAGCAAUGGGCCUUGACUAUAAUAGCGCAACUUGUCUCAGCCCUGGAGUACAUACACUCCAAAAACAUAGUCCACAGAGAUUUGAAGGCUGAAAAUAUUGUCUUGAGCCGCGAGGGUCUAAUUAAAAUAAUUGACUUCGGCAGUGCGAUGGACUUAGACCACCCCGAGGUGGAGGCGCCGGGCCUGGGGGCCCGCACUCCCCCGGUGGCAGGCUGUCUUGGUGGGGGCCUCAGCCGCAGAGCCAUCCGGAGGCCCACGUUUCAACACUUCGUCGGCACCCCCCAAUUCAUGGCGCCGGAGGCAAUUAAAAACAAAGACAGCGGAAAGCUGAGAGAUCUUUGGAGUCUCGGGUGCACAAUUUAUCAGAUUUUGACGGGCACGCCUCCCUUUGGCGGCUCUACGGACUAUUUCAUCUUGCUGCGCGUAGAAUCUGGGGCUUUGGAGUUUCCGCCGGACUUUGACCCGCUGGCUCGCGACUUAGUGGAGCGGCUGCUGGUGGCGGAGCCGUCUCAGCGUCUCGGCGCAAAGGGCUUUGAAGAAAUAAAGCAACAUCCAUAUUUUGGAUCUUGUUUUGAUUUAAAUUCGAAUUGCAAAUCGGGAUUUAACUUCAACUACGAAGACAAGCAAAUCAAGCGCCGGCUGUUCCCGCCGCUGCAGGAGCUGUGCAUGCGCAGCGUGCUGAAGCGCUUCCACACUUUGCUCGAGAGCGCCAUGGACAGAACUCGACAAGAAAAGUACAAAGAUGAUUAUAUUAAAGAAGAGAAAGAAAGGCAACAAAGCGAGCAAAGAACACACGGAAGCUGCAGCACUGAGGCAGCAGGCGAAGGCAAAAGAGAAGAAGAAGUUGCGGCGCAGAAGCGCACAGAUUCUCCCACAGGCAGCAGCAGCAGCACGAACGGCAGCAGCAACAGCACGAGCAGCAGCAGCCACAGCAGCACGAGCAGCAGCAGCCACAGCAGCAAAGCCAGCAGCCACGGCGGGCUCGGGGAGGGCCUGCUGGAGCAGCUAGUGCCGCUCUAUCUGCUGCGAAGUGCUCGCAAAGAGGAAAGCCCCCAUUUGCGGCUUUUGGUCCAACGCCUGCAGUACUGCCUCGAAAGCCAGAGACAACAGUUCAACAAUGAAUGCAGACUUGCGGAAGAGUGGGACAAACGGCACGCGCAGAAGGCCCGCGCGAGUGAAACUGAGACGGAGUCCGAAGCUGAGGAAAAGGGGGCGCAGAAAGCAGCACCUCAAGACGCGAAAAGGCCAACAGACCCGUGA